UACUAUUUGGAUGUGUUUGUGUUCACUGUUUACAUAUUAUAAAAUCUUGUUUAAUUUGAAUACGGUAGUUUAUAUUUAUCUGAUGGACGAGAUGAACUUGUGUAGCUGUUGCUUACGAAGUGCUCCGGACAAGGACCUGACGACGCCGUACAUCCAUCUCGGCAAAAUUGAGAUAUACUCCAACAUGCUCAAAGACUGCUUCGAUAUACAGCUUACACUGGCAAGUGACUCAUGCGGCACCUGCUUGGUGUGUGUGGGCCGUCUGCAAGAUGCGAGCGACUUUAAGCUGCAAGUGCAGCACAGCCAGGCAGAGCUACAGGCACGACUCAAUGGAGCUACAAUUGCGGCAGACGUAAAACCAACACAUAAGGUUGAGAAAGACGAAGAUGAUGAUGAUAAUAUGCUGUUUGAUGCAUUGCGAAAACCCGUGGUAAAGCUAGAGCAGGUCAGCGAAUACGAAAAUGAAACUGUUUCAGAUACACACCCUGUACCCGACUUUGCCUCAGCCAUGGACGGCGAUGUGACGGAUGACGAGGCCUCGGAGGCAGGGUCGACCGACGCAGCUGACGCGGAGGCCUCUCCAGCGGCUGUGUCCUUGUGCGCCAAGGAACAGCUCGCGCUGGGGUGCUCCGUGAGGCUCGAGCGCCUCCGCGACUCCCCGCGCGCGAGCCAGCCGCGUCCCGUGACGUCACACCGCGAGCCGAGCCAGCCGCGUCCCGUGACGUCACACCGCGAGCCGAGCCAGCCGUGUCCCGUGACGUCACACCGCGAGCCGAGCCAGCCGUGUCCCAUGACGUCACACCGCGAGCCGAACCCCGCGAGGAGUGUGAAAAAAAAGUUAAUCAAGAAAGAUAUUCCCACAGGCUCUACUUUCGACAUUCCCAUCACAGAUAACUCGAGCAUAGUGACGGUAGUACCUAGCGGAAAAGUAAAAAUAUACUCUUGCGAAAUAUGUUGUAAGGAUUACACAACAAAAUUUAAUUUGAUCAGGCAUAUUAAUACGCAUAGUAUAGUGCGUAGUCCACAUACAACACAGGUACAUAGUACACAUACGACACAGGAACUUUAUGAAUGUAAUAUAUGCCAGAAGAAAUUUAAAUAUAAGAAUAACAUGAACGUUCAUAAACGGAUUCAUUUGAAAGACAAGCCCUACGAAUGCAGUAGUUGCGAAAAACGGUUUGCCCAGAAAAGCUAUCUGAUUGCGCAUAUCAGAAUACACACAGGACAAAAACCGUAUAAAUGCAAGAUAUGUAAUAAAGCGUUUGUUGAAAGUACGAACUUAAGAAGACACCAAAUAGUACACACGGGUGAUAAACGCUACUCUUGUAAAAUUUGUGAAACUCAGUUCACACAAAAAAGCAGUUUACUCGUGCAUUUGAGAAGACACGAAGGAUACAAACCUUUCAAGUGUGAUAUAUGUCAUAAACAAUUUGUAGGAAGAAGUGACAUUGUUUCUCACUUGAGAACACAUUCAGGAUAUUCUCGGCCGAAAGCCCCCCGAGAGAGAAAUUAUUGUUGCGAAAUCUGUGGUAAAAAGUUUGAAAGUCAAUAUGCAUUAAAAAGGCAUCAAACAAUUCACAUGGACGUCAAAAUCAAACCAUAUACGUGCGAAAUAUGCAAAAAACAUAUGGCACGGAAAUACGAACUGACUGCGCAUAUGAAAAUACAUGAGGGACAUAUAUAUACGUGUGAAGUAUGUAAUAAAUCGUAUACGUCUAACAGAGCAUUAACCAGGCAUAAACGAGACCAAGCUAACAAACCAAAUACACACCAAAUUUGAUAAAAUAAAAUAAAAUAUUGGACUUAUUUACACAAAUUGACUAAGCCCCACAUUAAGCUCAAGAAGGUUUGUGCUGUGGCAAGGAGAAUAUAUAGGAUAGAGGGAUACUGUCAUAGUAAAUUUUGUAGUCACAGUAAAUUUACUGCCAUCUAUCGACACACGAUUAACACUAAACAUAAAAAUAUCAAAAAAUUUAUGUAACCUUUCAUCUGUGGCUUGUCAAAAAUUUAAAAUAUCAAAAAAUGUAUAUAUGGUUGGUCCCAUAGUAAAAGUUGCUCAGUAUAAUCCCAAAACCUCCCUGGCAACGGGAAUGUACUUAUUGUUUAUCCUCCUCCUCCUUGCGUCGUAUUCCUCAGUAUUGAGGGGUAUAUUGUUUACAAAGUGUAAUUUUUAUUAAAUAGCAUUUUGUA